AUGGAGGCGAUGGGGAAGCAGCAGAGGGAGGAGGUGCUCCUCCGCGCCGCCUCCGACGGCAACCUCCGACUCCUCAAGAAGAUGGCGCGCUGGAUGGGGUCAGGGGGCCAAGGCGAGGCCGCCGUACUUGCGGCGGUGGAGGACGGCGAAGGGGGUCGCCCGCUGCACCUGGCGGCCGGGGCGGGCCGGGUCGAGGUCUGCAGGUACCUCGUCGAGGACCUCCGCCUCGAUGUCAAUCAACUCAACUGUCAAGGUCACACGCCACUGUACCUUUCUGCCUAUUUUGGGAGAGCUGCUGCUGCAACAUAUCUUCUUGAUCAUGGUGCCGAUCCACUAGCUAGCAAACUACGGUCACCUCUUUAUGGCGCUGCAAUGCAAGGGCAUUGUGAAAUGUUAGAAAUGCUGCUUUCAAGAGGACUCGAUGUGGAUUUAAAUUCUGUACAAGGGACGGCAUUGCAUGCAGCUGCUUGUUAUAAACAACAUGGCAUGAUGAAGAUUUUGUUGGAGCACCAUGCCGAUCCUAACAAGGUUUGCUAUCUUAAUAAUACCCCGUUGAGUUUGGCCAUGCGGCAGCGGGACAUGUCUACAGAGUUGUUGGAAUGUGCCAAGCUACUCAUAAAGGCUGGUGCUGAUGUGAAUUUUAUUGACCUUGAUGGUGAUAGUUACGUGACAGUGGCAGCGAAGUUCGGCUAUCCUGGCAUCAUGAAGUGCUUAUUAGAUGCUGGUGCUAACCCCGAUAUUCCAGAUGAAUAUGGUAGAACACCAGUUGAAUUUGCUGCCUCUAACGGCAGUAGGGAUAUGGUUGAAAUGUUAUUCCCUUUAACUUCUCCUAUUUCAACGCUGCCGGACUGGAGUAUUGAUGGAAUCAUUUCUCAUGUGAAACACUAUGGUUUGAAGCCGAGGGAUAAACAAAAGUGUGCGAAGAGAAGAACUGAACUGAAACAGAAAGCUUUAAAGGCUUUUAAGGAAGAGGAAUAUUUUAUAGCAGCACUGCUGUAUAGUUGUGCAAUAACACUUGACCCGAGUCCAGAUGAAUAUGCAACCCUAUUGGCAAAUAGGAGUCUCUGCUGUUUGCGCACCAAGAACGGAAGAGCUGCUCUCCCUGAUGCUACCAUGUGCAGAAGGGUGCGACCUUUUUGGCCAAAAGCCUGCUAUCGAGAAGGGUCAGCUUUUAUGUUAUUGAAGGACUAUGAGAAAGCAUGCAAGGCUUUUGCGGAUGGCUUGAAGCUUGACCCUACAAAUGGUGAUCUUGCAAAUGCUUUAAGGGAAGCCCAAGAAGCUGCGAAGGAUGCUCGUCGCCCUGAAAAUUGA